GUGAGGUGUUAAAGUGAGUGUGCUAACAGGCUGAAUCGAUACAAGAAGAGACCCAUACGGACGCCAUAUUGACCAAAGCAAAAUGGCAGAACGAGUGAAUAGUUGACAAAGUCUGCUGGCUUUCAUUGACAGAUGCUUUCCAACGCCACGAAACGACGACACAUCGACGACUAUCAAAUCUGGUACCGUGUUCAUGGUGAAGAAUAUUAUUCUGCUUCACCAUGAUCAAGUUUCUUCUGAUGAUGAAUAAACAGGGCCAGACGCGCCUGUCUAAGUAUUAUGAACAUGUAGACAUUGGGAAGAGAGCAGCUCUUGAAGCUGAUGUGGUCAGGGGAUGUCUCUCCCGGAGGAAGGAAGAGUGUUCGUUUGUGGAGUAUAAAGACUACAAGCUGGUAUAUCGUCAGUAUGCAGCACUUUUUAUUGUUGUUGGCAUUACGGAAAAUGAGAAUGAACUCUCAAUCUAUGAGCUUCUGCACAACUUUGUUGAAGUGUUAGACAAGUACUUCAGUCGUGUGAGUGAACUGGACAUAAUGUUCAAUUUAGAUAAAGUGCACAUCAUACUCGACGAAAUAAUCCUGAAUGGACAUAUUGUGGAGACAAAUAAGAACCGGAUACUGGCACCGCUACUGGCUCUGGACAAGAUGACCGAAAGCUGAUCAAAUUCAACAUUAAUGUUGCAGAAGAAAAAUACUCACUAAAUCUAAACCAAGUUUUUGCAUUGUUCUAAAAAAUUGUAUUUUGUUGUGUUCUGUAUUAAACCCAGCUUAUUUGAUGUUCCU